GAAUACUCAGAGAGAGUCCUCUGAGCUGCAAACAGGUCUGAUCCUGGAAGAGACGAAGAGAAGUAAAAGAUCAAAGCUCCUGCUCCCGGAUCCUGUAGCCGGACCCCCAAGCCAUGGCUGGUCCCUUCUCCCGUCUGCUGUUUGCCCGCCCAGGGCUCAGGCUUCUGGCUUUGGCCGGAGCUGGGUCUUUAGCCGCUGGGUUUCUGCUCCGCCCGGAACCUGUACGAGCUGCCAGUGAACGACGGAGGCUGUAUCCCCCAAGCGCUGAGUACCCAGACCUCCGAAAGCACAACAACUGCAUGGCCAGUCACCUGACCCCAGCAGUCUAUGCUCGGCUCUGCGACAAGACCACACCCACUGGUUGGACGCUAGAUCAGUGUAUCCAGACUGGCGUGGACAACCCUGGCCACCCCUUCAUCAAGACUGUGGGCAUGGUGGCUGGAGAUGAGGAGACCUAUGAGGUAUUUGCUGACCUGUUUGAUCCUGUGAUCCAAGAGCGGCACAAUGGAUAUGACCCCCGAACAAUGAAGCACACCACUGACCUGGAUGCCAGUAAGAUCCGUUCUGGCUACUUUGAUGAGAGGUAUGUAUUGUCCUCGAGAGUCAGAACUGGCCGAAGUAUACGGGGACUCAGUCUGCCUCCAGCCUGCACUAGGGCAGAGCGACGAGAAGUGGAACGUGUUGUGGUGGAUGCACUGAGUGGCCUGAAGGGUGACCUGGCUGGACGUUACUAUAGGCUCAGUGAGAUGACAGAGGCUGAACAGCAGCAGCUGAUUGAUGACCACUUUCUAUUUGAUAAGCCUGUGUCGCCAUUACUGACUGCAGCAGGAAUGGCUCGAGACUGGCCAGAUGCUCGUGGAAUCUGGCACAACAAUGAGAAGAGCUUCUUGAUCUGGGUGAAUGAGGAGGAUCAUACACGGGUCAUCUCCAUGGAGAAGGGUGGCAACAUGAAAAGAGUGUUUGAAAGAUUCUGCCGAGGCCUCAAAGAGGUGGAGCGGCUGAUCCAAGAGCGUGGCUGGGAGUUCAUGUGGAAUGAGCGUUUGGGAUACAUCUUGACCUGUCCGUCUAACCUGGGCACUGGACUUCGGGCAGGAGUGCAUAUCAAACUGCCCCUGCUGAGCAAAGAUAACCGCUUCCCAAAGAUCCUGGAGAACCUAAGACUCCAAAAGCGUGGUACUGGAGGAGUAGACACUGCUGCCACAGGCAGCGUCUUUGACAUCUCUAAUUUGGACCGACUGGGCAAGUCAGAGGUGGAGCUGGUGCAGCUGGUCAUUGAUGGAGUGAACUAUUUGAUUGACUGUGAACGGCGCCUGGAGAGAGGACAGGAUAUCCGCAUCCCUGCACCUCUCAUCCACAACAAGCAUUAA